UUAUACACAAAUGCAAGAAAUUAUUAGUUUUCAUAUAAGAGGUUUGUUUAGCGGAUAUUUUUACAUUGCCCUUUUUGGAAACUGAAAAACAAUUAUCUCCAAAAUUUGAGCAUUCGUUAUAGGACAUUUUUUAUCUAUGGCUAUGAUCAAAUAAUUUCUAGCAAUGUGUAUCGGUGAUGUGUGUAAUCUGUGGCUUUUUGCUGAUUAAGUGUUUCGUUAUUAAUAUCCGAUUUUCUACAUGAAAAAAUUGUUGUUUUUAUUCCGAUAUUGAUGUUAAUCGUUUCUACCUUGGCACUCUACUUGAUUGUUCUUCAAUUUCAUAUCUGAUAUCAAAAUGCCGAAUAUCAAGCUUCAGUCCUCAGAUGGUGAAACGUUUGAAGUGGACGUGGAAAUUGCAAAAUGUUCAGUAACAAUCAAAACUAUGCUGGAAGAUUUGGGAAUGGAUGAAGAGGAAGAGGAAGUGGUUCCUUUGCCUAAUGUGAAUUCAGCUAUUUUACGUAAAGUUAUUCAAUGGGCCACUUACCACAAAGAUGAUCCACCGCCACCUGAAGAUGAUGAAAACAAAGAGAAGCGAACUGAUGACAUUUCGUCAUGGGACGCUGAUUUCUUGAAAGUCGAUCAAGGUACUUUAUUUGAAUUGAUACUAGCAGCCAAUUAUCUCGACAUUAAAGGCUUAUUGGAUGUUACCUGUAAGACUGUGGCUAAUAUGAUAAAAGGCAAGGCGCCUGAGGAGAUUCGCAAAACAUUCAAUAUUAAAAAUGACUUCACUGCUUCAGAAGAAGAACAGGUUCGUAAGGAAAAUGAAUGGUGUGAGGAAAAAUAAAUCCUAAUUUGAUUAUGUAUACAUUUACCAUUUACCUUAUUCACGAAACUGCUUAACAUUAACCAAUUUGAUUUAACAUUUGUCUUAAAUGUAUUUCUCACCUGAUCUGUAAUUAUUUUAAUUAUUUGUAUUAUUGUACAGAAAUAUUUGUGGAUCUGGAGUUUUGAUAAUAAAUUUCUGUGUUUUAUUGUAAAUCUUAUCUUUGUCUCCAGGUGUUCACAUAUAUCCAGUUGUAAUAAUAAUUUGCUUCAGUGGCUAUUCUGUCCUGUACCUUAUAUUUUGUAAUACCUGCUCAAGUCUAAUAAUUUUUAGUUAAAUAAAUAUGCUAAGUGGU